UCCAUGUGCCUAAAUGACAAAGGCAACUACACCACUAACAGCUCGUACAUGUCAAAUCUCAACGCCGUCCUUUCCUCUCUCCCCACUGGCCUUAGCAGCACCGGUUUCUACAACGCCUCCGUCGGGCUAAAUCCCGAUAGAUCCAACGCCGCCGUGCUCUGCAGGGGUGACGUCGAGCUCGACGAGUGCCGCCAAUGUCUCCGGGAUAUCACCGCCAAGCUUCUAAAAUCAUGCCCUAAUCAGAAGCAGGCCGUUGAAUGGGAGGAUCACUGUAUGUUGCGAUACUCGAACGAGACGAUGUUUGGAGUUCUGGCGACGUACCCGGGCCUAUGGAUGUGGAAUCUGAGAAACGCUACGAGUACCGUUCGGUUCAAGGAAGACCUGAGAACGCUUAUCGACGGUCUUCGGAUCAAGGCGGCGGCUGGCGGCGGCACGAGGAAGGUCGCCGCUGGGAAUAUCACCGCCCCUGAUUUCCAGACAAUUUAUUCACUGGUUCAAUGCAGCCCGGAUUUGUCUCAGAAGGAUUGCAACCUUUGCUUAUCAACCGCUGCAGCGGAUAUACCAAGAUGUUGUGACAGUAAGAUAGGGGCUAGAGUGCUCCUGCAAAGUUGCAAUCUUCGUUAUGAGACUUAUCCAUUUUUUAAUGAAACUGUGCUUCAACAACUAGAGCCUGUGCCAGCGCCCCCGCCCGCGCCCGCGCCCGUGCCGGUGCCGGUGCCCGGGUCUCCAAUAUCGCGGUCACCACCACCAUCACCACCACCAGCACCACCAGCACCAGGAUCAAUUAUAAUUUCUUUCUUGUUAAAUGUAGAUAAAGUUGUAGACGAGAUUACUACAGUUGAAUCUCUGCAAUAUGGUUAUAGCACAAUCAAAACAGCAACAAAUGAUUUCUCUGAUAAUAACAAGCUCGGGCAAGGUGGAUUUGGUGCUGUUUAUAAGGGAAAACUCCCUAAUGAUCAAGAAAUAGCGGUCAAAAGAUUGUCCAAGAAUUCAAGACAGGGUGAUGUAGAAUUUAAGAAUGAGAUCUUAUUACUCGCUAAACUUCAACACCGGAAUCUAGUUAGACUCUUGGGUUUCUCUAUACAAGGAACGGAAAAGCUUCUCGUCUAUGAAUUUGUUAGGAAUGGAAGCCUUGAUCUCUGUUUGUCAGGUAAUAUUUCUUCUAUUGAACAUAUAGACCCAACAAAGCGUUCGUGUUUGGAUUGGGAUAAACGUUACAAGAUCAUAGGGGGUGUCGCAAGGGGACUUGUGUACUUGCAUGAGGAUUCUCAACUGAGGAUCAUUCACCGUGAUCUCAAACCUGCUAAUGUACUUUUAGAUAGAGAGAUGAAUCCUAAAAUUGCAGAUUUUGGCAUGGCGAGAUUAUUCGAACAAGAUGAAACUCAAGGAAAUACAAGCAAGAUCGUUGGAACUUAUGGAUAUAUGUCGCCUGAAUACGCAAUGCACGGGCAUUUCUCUGUUAAGUCCGAUGUGUUUAGUUUCGGAGUUUUAAUCCUGGAAAUCAUGAGCGGUCAAAAAAAUAGGUCUAUCAGGAUCGGGGACAAUGUGGAGGAUCUUUUGACUUUUACAUGGAAGAAUUGGCGCGAAGGAACAACUGAGAAUAUGAUAGAUCCUAUCUUGAGAGCAGCUGGCACGGGUUCGUUACGGGAUAUGAUAAAAUGCAUUCACAUUGGCUUGUUGUGUGUUCAAGAAAAUGCUGCCAAAAGACCAACAAUGGCUUCUAUUCUUCUAAUGCUGAGCAGCUCCACCAUGACCAUGCCAGUACCUUCGGAACCAGCAUUUUUUAUGACUAGUACUUUCGGCCAAGACACUUCACUCUCUCAUAACUAUGAUGAUUCGAACUCGUCGGAUGCUGAGAGAGGAUUCAAAACCAGGACGAUGAUAUCUGAAGGCUUGUCUAUGAAUGAUGUGACAUCUACUGAUUUAUAUCCCCGAUAA